AUGGCAGCCGUUAGGUCUUCCUCUGUCAGACGAAUAGGAAGCACAAUCAAGGUUUCUUUCAAUAUGGAACUAGUACAGCACUGUCAGCAUCCGAACCUUGCAAGGUUGCCAAGUGAUUCACCGAGUCAUCCUUAUUACAAAAGAGAGUUACAAUUUGCUAAGAAUCAGUUUAGCAAUUUGGCUUCUGAAUCCUUUGGAAGUGGUCACCAAUUUGGUACUAGAGCCAAUGUAUCGUUUAAUCCUAGAUUCUCUAACUAUUGUUUCCGGAGUGCUCUUCCUUUUGCCUCCGCGAGCCACGUGUUGAACCGCCGAUUGUAUUCAUCGACGGUGGGUGAUGACAAAGGAAGUAGAGAUGGUGGUCCAGACGUCUCUGUUGGUUCUGGUGCGAGUGACAUGAAUACCAAUGGUGAUUCGGUUGUUGGGGGUGAUUGGGGUGAGAGGAUUAAAGAUGCUUGGAAGAGUGUGGUAGAGUCAGCAUCAUAUGCCGGGGAAAAGGUCAAAGCAACAUCUGAUGAUCUCACUCCAUAUGCUCAGCAGUGGCUUGAUUCACACCCAUAUCUUGAUAAGGUGAUUAUUCCAGUUGGUGGUACUUUAACUGCUACUCUAAUAGCUUGGUUCUUGAUGCCUAUGAUUUUGAGGAAAUUUCACAAAUAUGCUAUGCAAGGUCCCGUUUCUCUAUUGCCAGAAAGCAUGUCUGGAGAUCCGUUUCCUUAUGAGAAAAGCUUUUGGGGUGCUAUGGAGGAUCCAGUGCGAUAUUUAGUUACCUUCAUGGCAUUCUCACAAAUUGGUGUAAUGGUAGCUCCAACAACUAUAACCUCAGAAUAUCUUACACCAGUUUGGAGGGGUGCAGUGAUAGUUUCAUUUGUAUGGUUUUUACAUAGAUGGAAAACAAAUGUUUUUGCACGGACAUUAUCAAGUCAAAGUUUACUUGGACUUGAUAGGGAGAAAGUGCUUGCUCUAGACAAAAUCUCAUCUAUUGGUCUAUUUGUCAUUGGUAUAAUGGCUUUUGCUGAGGCUUGUGGUGUGGCCGUGCAAUCUAUUGUGACUGUUGGUGGUAUAGGAGGAGUGGCUACUGCCUUCGCUGCCAAAGACAUACUUGGCAAUGUGUUCAGUGGUUUAUCUAUGCAGUUUUCGAAGCCCUUUUCAGUUGGAGAUACAAUAAAAGCAGGCUCGAUAGAGGGUCAAGUGGUGGAAAUGGGUCUUACUACCACGUCUUUGCUGAGUUCAGAGAAGUUUCCAGUCAUUGUACCAAACUCAUUUUUUUCUAGCCAGGUUAUUGUGAACAAGUCCCGUGCUGAAUAUCGUGCCAUUAUUACCAAAAUUCCUCUGCAAACUGAGGAUUUAAGUAAGAUUCCACAGAUAUCAGAUGAUGUAAAAAGUAUGCUCAAAUCAAAUGCAAAGGUUUUCUUGGGGAAAGAUGUUCCCUACUGUUUCUUAUCCCGCAUAGAAAGUUCGUAUGCAGAAUUGACUCUUGGAUACAACCUCAAACAUAUGCGCAGAGAUGAACAAUACUCUGCUGAACAAGAAAUUCUGCUGCUGGCAGUUCAGACCAUUAAGAAUCAUGGGGUUGCCCUUGGCAGCACAUGGCAAGAAAUGCCUUCUAAAUGA